AGACCAAAACACUACACCAUGGAUGAAGUGAAGCUCUUUGGGUUUUGGGCAAGUCCUUUUAGUAGAAGGGUCAUUUGGGCAUUAAAGCUAAAAGGUGUGGAAUAUGAAUACAUUGAAGAAGAUUUGCCUUAUAAUAAGAGUGAUCUGUUGUUGCAGUACAACCCAGUUCAUAAAAAGAUCCCAGUGCUCGUUCAUGGAGGAAAGCCAAUUGCAGAGUCAUUGGUUAUUUUGGAAUAUAUAGAAGUGUGGCCACAUAAUCCUUUGUUGCCAAAAGAUGCUUACGAGAGAUCCGUAGCUAGAUUUUGGGCCAAAUUCAUUCAGGAAAAGACUCAACCAAUGUGGGAAUUCUUUGCUAAACAUGGCGAAGAACAGCAGAAGGCAAUCAAGGACAACUACGAAAUUCUGAGGACGAUUGAGGAACAUGGUCUUGGAGAUAAAAAGUUCUUUGGCGGCGACCAAAUUGGCGUAGCUGACCUUGUUUUUGGAAUGGUUAUUCAUAUGUUGGCACCCAUGGAAGAGGUGGUGGGGGGAGUAAAGUUCAUUAAAGCCGAUAGCUUCCCACGCCUGCAUGCCUGGGUCAGGCAUUUCAGCGAACACCCUGUGAUCAAAGACAAUGUCCCCGAUUACACUAGAAUUGUGGAUUUCUUGGAAAAAAGAAGGGAACUUUAUUGGAAAUCUCAACAUAAUCACUAAAAAAUUAAGUACUCUUGAUAUUGAGAAAUAAUGCCAAAGGACUGGGAUUUUCUUUUCGUACAUUUCUAUGUUUUCUCCAUCAUGCAUUGUAAGUUUGUAACAGUUUCUUUUUGCCAAUAAUUAAUGUUUAGUGUGGUGGAUGAGCUCAACCAAUAGAA